CUGUAAUUAAGCUAGACAAGCAAGACUCGAUUUUGUUUCAAGGGAAACCCCUCUAAUCUAUUCAUAAUCACACGUCCAUACACAAAACUCAGAUUUGCAACACCAUUUGCCCCUAUAACCUCUGAAAUCCAAUUACAUUGUGCCAACACAUGAUUUUUGGCUAUAAAACGAGCUCUUUAGCUCUGGCAAAAAGGAGGGCAGAACCAAAAAAAAAAACAUUCCCUGAACCUUUUCUUCUCUGUCACUUCCUUCCUUCUGCUGUUCGGCUCCUUCUUCCUCAAAAUUCCAAACAAAAAAGAGGAACACACAGACAACAAGAAAAACUCCCCUGACUCUCUUCCUUUACCUGACACCUUCUUCUUCCUUCUUCUUUUUCUUUUCUGAUCAAAAGACAAGACAACCGAAAAUUCUGCAAAAACCACUCCCUUCUUUCUUCAUCCCCACCUUCCCGUCUCUGAACAAACAGAGCGAAGAGCAAAAACCCUGCAAAAUUCUCAGAUUCUUCUCAGCCACAAAAACACAUACAAACAGAGAGCAAAAGCCAAAAAGAGAACAGGCAGUGGAAAGAAAACCCUCCAUGCUUCCUCUCUUUCAUUAGAUAAAAAAUAAAACGACAACACAACAACUUUCGUUUCCCAUUCCUACAGCAAAUAACCAUCCCACAAUCACCAAAAGCCACACAGAAAAGAGGAAAACACAACAGAUUCCUUUUCACUUAAUUGUUCUUUAGCCACACAAAGAAGAAAAACACAACAAAAAGCAGCAAAACCAGGAAAGGAGGAGACGACGCAAAGACAGCAGCAAGAAGUUUGGAGGAAAGGCCAGAAUCACCAUCAAGCUACAAGAAAAGGAACCUCGCAGGCUUUUUCUAUUUGCUCAGAGAACCAGACAGGCAGUUCUAAGAAAUGGAGAAAAUCAGUUGCACCAAGGUUGUUCUUCCAGGCGAGUCCGAGGAGAAAUCAAGUGGCAAGAUUGGGUACAAGAUUGUCAGCAGAGGGAUCAAAUGUGAGAAGCUGAGGAACCUGAUUAUCAGAGCAGUGAAAGCCCACAAGUCGAAUUCGAGUAAUCCUGCUUCUUCUACACCUGGAGAAUCUAGGUUCUGGACAAUAGGAAUCACACUGCUACUGAUUGUGAUGUGGGCUUGUGGAAUGCAGUCAAUGGCUUUCCAUAAUGCCAAGUGGCCAGCCACCGCGAAAUUUCAAUUUGCCCAUCCUGCUGUUCUUAUACCUGAAAGAGUUUACCGCAACAAUGGAUAUCUGACCGUGUCAUCCAAUGGAGGAUUGAAUCAAAUGCGAUCAGGAAUUUCAGACAUGGUUACUAUAGCAAGAUUCUUAAACCUGACACUUGUUGUUCCUGAACUGGACAACACCUCAUUUUGGCAAGAUAACAGUCAGUUUGGGGACAUAUUUGAUGUGGAUCACUUCAUUGAUUCCUUGAGAGAUGAACUCAGGAUUGUGAAAGAGUUGCCCCCAACCCAGAAGGAAAAACUAAAGACUCAACCACUGUAUCAAAUGGCAACUCGUAGCUGGGGUAACAUGUCCUAUUACUAUCGCACGGUUAGUUUUAUUGGUUUUUUCAAUUUUAACAGUCCAACCUUCCCAUACUUGCGACAAGAACAGGUUCUGCCAGUCUUCAAAAAGUUUGGAAUAGUCCAUUUCUUGAAGACUGAUGCUAGACUCUCAAACAAUGAGCCUCUUGAGAAUGUUCAGAAGAUGCGGUGCAGGGUUAACUAUGAAGGUCUAAGGUUCACUCCACACAUAGAGAAGAUAGGGAAGAAGGUUGUGAGCAUCUUGAGGAAGAAAGGUCCCUUCUUGGCUCUUCAUCUUAGAUUCGAAAAGGAUAUGUUGGCAUUCACUGGUUGCACCGAAGAGCUUGAUAAGGAAGAAGUAAAAGAGCUUACCUCAAUGAGGUAUGCAUGUCCAUGGUGGAAGGAGAAGGAGAUAAACUCAACACAUAAAAGGGAAGAAGGGCUAUGUCCAUUGACUCCAGGGGAAGUUGGACUUGCACUGAAAGCACUUGACAUAGAUCCGGAGAUCCAAGUCUACAUUGCUGCUGGAGAGAUAUAUGGAAAGGACAAAAGACUCGACGAUCUUAGAGCUUUCUAUCCGAAUCUGGUGAAAAAGGAAACAUUGCUACCAAGCGCAGAUAUGGGAGAGAUUAGGUACCACUCAAACAGGAUGGCAGCAGUGGAUUAUAUUGUGUCAUUGGCUAGCGACACUUUUGCUCCAAGCUAUGAUGGUCACAUGGCCAAAGUUGUGGAAGGCCACCGCCGGUAUCUGGGAUACAAGACGACUAUACGUCUGGAUAGAAAGGUUCUGGUGGCACUGAUAGACAGGUACAGAAGUGGGAAAAUGAAGUGGGAUGAGUUUUCUGAUUUAGUGAAGAAAACUCACAGUGGGCUAAUGGGUGGACCUAUUGAGAGACUAAAGAUCCCUGGCAAGCCUAAAGAAGAGGAUUACUUCUACUUAAAUCCCGAGGAAUGCUUGCCAAAAAUUGAUCCUUCUUUAAGGGGUUUAAGGUCAGACAAGACAAAGCAUUAGAAGCUCCCCACUUUUCUGAUAAAAGAGACCUGGAAGCUGUGUUCUUUUUUUCUUUUUUACUGUUACAGUUAGAAAACAUCAUUUGUCAAAGUGGUUAUGCAGUACAUAUAUAUUGGAAUAUAAAAGCCUUGAUUUGACAUUCACUGUUCAUAAAAGUCUUAGUUCUAAGUUUACCAUUAAGCAGUAAAACCAUAAAUAACUUCACUUUUAGUUUGAAAUAUUUUGCAUAAUUUCCUUAUUU